CUCACCUCAGCCCUGCUAAGUACAGCCCCCCUAAGUACUACAGGCUCCCAGGAUGGAAACUAACUACCUAAAGAGGUGCUUUGGAAAUUGCCUGGCCCAGGCACUGGCAGAGGUAGCAAAGGUUCGGCCCAGUGACCCAAUAGAAUACCUGGCUCACUGGCUUUAUCAUUAUGGGAAAACAGUGAAAGCCAAAGAAGAGAAUAGGCAAGAGAAGAUCCAGCUGCAGCAAGAAUAUGACAGUAGCCUCAAGGAAAUGGAAAUGACAGAAAGACUGAAACAAGAAGAGUAUCAGAUUCAACAGAAGUGUGAAAAGUGUCACAAGGAACUGACUUCUGAAACUGUUUCCAUGAAGAAGAACAUAUUCAUGCAGGAGGACACAGAUCCCCUUGAGAAGGCGGCCUUGAAGCAGGAAUUCCAUACAAGGCCUUCCAGUAUGAUUCCAGGAAUGCCUCAACAGGUUCCUCCUUCAGAGUCUGCUGGCCAGAUUGACUGGAACUUUAAAAUGUCACAAGACAUAAAUUACCAGGAGGCUUUCCAGCAUGAAGUUGCUCAUGAAAUGCCUUCUGGCUCCAAAUCUCCUUAUUAGGUUAUCAGAAAGUAGAUGCUUCUGAUUUACUUCUCUCAAAGCUGGAAGCCAAGAAAAUGGCCAGCUAGAACCAAGAUUUAAGGAGCUGUAAAAGAAGAGUUCUACAGGGACUCUCCAGCCUACUGCUGUUCUGAAAACCCUUAAUCAUGUGAGGAUUUGAACUAGUUAUAGGAUGAAAUAAACUCAGAAUAAUGAUUUAAAAUAAGGAACUAAAUGGGUGUAACUUUUUCCUCUUGUUUUGUCAAUGUCUUGGAGACUACACAGUGAAAACGUAUCUAUCUCAUGUGUUCAUGUCUUAGCUUUUGCUUCACUUCACAGUCAGCCUGUCAGAGUAUUUUUUACACAUAUCCUAGAGUCUACCUAUGUCACUGAUAGCAAGUAUUUUUCUUCAACAUAUGCUACGAAUUUUUAAAAUACUUUUUUCCAAUUUUUGUUAAUUGUGGUAAAACACAUAUAAGACUUACCAUCUUCACCAUUUUUAAGUGUACAGGUCAGUGGUAUUAAGUAGGUUCAUAUUCUUAUGCCACCAACACCACCAUCCAGCUCUAAAACUCUUUCAUCUUGCAGAACUGAAACUCUAAACCCAUUAAAUAAUAACUUGCCAUUUCUCCCUCUCCCCAGCCCCUGGAAACCACCAUUCUACUUUCUGUGCUUGUGAUUUAGAGUACUCCAUAAUUAUGUCAUAUCAAUAGACUCAUAUAAUAUUUGUCUUU